AUUAGCUGUUCCCAGGGGUAUAUAUGUGUAGUGGAGAGGUUGUCUGGCCAACGUAGUAAAUACCACGGGGAACAGCUUCAGCAAGAUGCAAGUCAUUCUCAUUGUGUUACUGGCUGUGGCAGGUGUAUUUGGGGCGUGCCCGUACGGUCACGAGGCCGUGUGGGAGGUGCAGAGAUGUAUGGAGCCGAUGGAGGCGCUGGCGUACAGGGGUGGAGACGUCGACUUCCACACAGGCUGCAGAGCAGCAAUAUCAAUGGUCAACUGCAUGGACACACUGAAGCACAACUGUCGCCGUAAUCCCCAUGUUCAAAUGAUAGUUGGCAACUUCCAACACAUGAGAAACCAUCUCUACAACAUGUGUGCGGGUCGAAAGCGCUCACUCCCUGACGAUGACACAAGAGACGUUCUCGGUGUCGUUAAACAACACAUGGAUCAUCUGAAACGCUUUGUAGGCAGGCAAUGAAGUACAUGAUGAGAGAAACCCUGCCUGCGUUUUCAAAUAUCACACAUUUCGAAUGUCAACCAUGGAAUCGCAAAAGAGAUGUUUAUGCCUUUACAGAAUAAAUUUAUACAUAUACUAUUCUA